AAGACUGAUAGACGACUAUUUUAUUUCAUGUUCCAUGAAUUCGAAUCAUUUACCAUACUGAAUCUCCUGUUGUUUAUCAAGAUACUCGGCCUGCAAUGAUAUGUUCAGUCUUCAUCUAUGUAAAAAUAGAUGAUUUUUGAGAUUAGGGUUACAUGAAUCGCAAUACUUACUUAGAUGGAUCCACAUUGCGUAGCUUCUGAAUCCUUCUCACUCACAAAAACUCCAUGAAGAUGCAGAGGUAUGCACGGUACUUAGUAACAAUGGAUGUCACACUAACAUUCCUUCCCUUCCCCAAUUACUGUAAGGAUUAUUAUACAUUGGAGAUGAUAAGCUUCUCCCGAGCUCGGUCUGUUGAUUCCUUGUGCAAUUUCGAUUAUUCUAUGCUCAUGAUCAUUUUAGCUUCUAGGGUCGCUCCCCACCUGUGAUUUCAUGGACAGGAACCGAGGCUACGCCAAUGGUAUACAUUGUUCAUCCUGUGGCAAGCUCUGCUUACAAAAAACUUCAGUUGCUUACCGAUUGUGAUGCGAAAGAGAUCGAAUAGACGAUGAUGAGCGAAUUCAUGUGUUUCCGAGUGUUAAGUUUUCUGUGUUUGUCACAAUAUGUCCUUCUCUCCCAGGCAAACUUCCAGUGUGGAAUCAGGCAACAUGGGAUCCGUCCACUGAUCGGCAGCGGAUGGCAAGUGGAGAAAGGUCAUUGGCCGUGGCACGUGGCCGUGUUUAAAAGGAACGACAAAAGUGAAAAGUUCGAAUAUUGUUGCGGAGGAACUUUGGUCAACGAAAAACACGUUCUGACAGCAGCUCAUUGCGUCGUCAAACAACACUCUAAAUAUUCAUUGCCCGCGCUUUUCUACGAGAUCGAGCUUCAUAUCGGUCAGCAGAACCUGUCGGAGGUGUCCGAUAACGUUGUGAUUCGUGACGUGAGCAAAGUUCACGAGCACCCGGACUAUAAACCCAACGAGAAUGAUAUCGCUGUGUUGGUGAUGCGCUUGCCAGUAGAAUACUCCAGCACUGUGAUUCCGAUUUGUCUGGAUCAGAACGUGGAUCGAGAUUUGCGAGAACUGGAAGGGGAACGUGGUUGGGUCACCGGGUGGGGGAAGACGGAGAAUGGAAUCUUGUCGGAAGUGCUCAGGACGGCCUCACUUCCGGUGGUUAAACACUUGGAGUGUUUGCUGAAUGAUAGGUUACUGUUUGGACACGUUUUGAACGAUAAUGUAUUCUGCGCUGGAAAUCGAAAUGGAACCAGCCCCUUUCCAGGAGACAGUGGUGGAGGCAUGUAUUUUAAUGAUGGCGACCGUUGGAUACUCAGAGGGAUUAUUGCGUUCGGAAAGAUAAACGAGUUGAGAGUUAACGACCCGCUAAAGUUCACUAUGUUUGUCAACAUUCAAUGGUACAUGCCAUGGAUCAAUGAAGUUUUCGCCGAAAGUGAACCCAAACAGGACAAAAGACAGAAGCGAAUCAGCGAACUUGAAUGCGAAAGGUUCCAGACUCUAACGAGAAAACGACGCAAUGGAGAUUGUUUCAACAAUCGAUUCCGGCACAACGUGAUGUUGGUCAAUGAAAAAGGUGACCUGGAGUGCAAUGGAGUUUUGGUGGAGGAAUCCCAUGUCGUAACAACUUGCAAGUGCAUUAGGAGCGCCUCUCAUCCAGUAAAGGUACGAAUCGAGGCAAACGGAGACAAGGCGUUUGCGGAAAUAAAUUGCCAUCCGAAAUUCGUGGACAACAGCAAGCACUACGAUUUAGCUAUCCUUAAGUUGAACGCACCGGUUAGGCUCAGUAACGAUCUGAUUCCCGCGUGUUUGGCGAACAACUGGACGGAAAAUCUGUACGACAUCCUUGUACAGACAAGCCACGUUACCGACGCGCGCGAUGCUACGGUUGUUCAAGAUCAGAAUACGUUGGUCGAGUCGGACGAGAACAGAAUCACAUUGUAUGAGGUAUGCAAAUCACUGCGUGGACUCGGCUGGUACAACAGGACUGACCCAAGUGGUGAAUUGUGCGUCAACAACACCGAUCAGUUGAUGUACAAAUCCUAUGUAGAUUUGAGAUCCUGGAAAUCGUCCGGUGCUCCCCUGCAGACGGUUAGCAGGCGAUCCUGUAUGUCCACGGUAGUAGGGCUGAAGGUUUACAAUGAGGUUAGUGACAACUAUCCCGAACGGUCUUGGGUAAAAGUAUAUGCCCGAGUUGCACACGAUUUGGACUGGAUAGAGCAGGCUGUCUGGAAUGCGAAGCCCAAAGUGGACGAACCGUUGCCCUUUGAUGAAGAGGACAUAAAAUGUGGAUAUUAUCACAAGGAGGAAGAAGAGGACCAGUGGCCCUGGAGUGUGGCUAUUUUACACCGGAAUCCGAAUACUGGUGAAUUCCGACUAACGUGCAGUGGAACUCUGAUCAGCAAAAAGCACGUCAUCACGAUGGCCCGGUGUGUCAUGAAUCAAACCACCGGCAGAAUUUUACCAGUGGAUACAUUUGAACUGCAUUUUGGUCAGUUUCGCUUGGGGAAACGUCAUUCGCAGGACCAAGUCCGAUACGUUAGCGAAGUUCAUGUUCACGACGAGAGUUCCGCUGAUAAUUUGGCGAUACUGGUGACAAGCUUCCUGGUUAAAAUGACACGGAAUGUAAGACACAUCUGCUUAGCUGCUGGCCAUAUCUCAGAAUUUUGGGAUAAAGAAUAUCCUGCGUUCAUAACUGGAUGGCAAACUGUGGACAACGGUAGCCCGAACAAAGAGCUUCUGUCUUCCGAGAUCCUUAUUCUUAAGCGCCAACAGUGUUCCGAAGCAUCGCUGAGACUCUCCGCAAACCAGCAUUGCGCUGGCUAUCCUCAUGAUGAAAUACGCAGCGUUGCUGACCACGGGUCGGGAUUAUUUUAUGAGCCACUUAUAUCAAAACUUUUACGAUACGCAAUUUGGAAAUUGGUAGGAAUCGUUUCGUCAUAUGAAAUAGGUAAUCAUGGCGAAAGAUUUACAAUAGUGGUCAAUGUACAGCCGUACAUCCCGUGGAUCGUUGGAAUUUUGACUGAGCGCAAAACUGAAAGAAUCAGCGAAAAAGAGUGCAAACGAUUCAGCAGCCUGACAAAAUCAGAUAACGGCAUUUGUGAUAAUAUGGUUGCUCGAAAUGAUCUUCUUCACGUGGUCACACUUCAUGAUGACGGUCCAGGCAUCAUUUGCCCUGGGGUGCUUGUGAAGGAGGACCGCAUAUUAACUUCUUGCCAAUGCAUACGGAACCCGCGUCAGCCGACGAAAGCCAAAAUUGGCAAUGCAGAGGCAACCGCCAUUAUGGAAAUGAUUUGCCAUCCGGACUAUAAUUCUAGCACUUUUUACCACGACAUAGCGGCUAUUAAGUUAUCAGCUUCUGUUGAAUUAUCCAGUCACCUUGUUCCGGCUUGCUUGGCCAACUCUUGGACAGAAAACCUUGAGGAUGCCAUGAUACAAACGGUGCUUUUUAAAUAUAAACAUAGGUUCGAUAAUCACUCAUCGUUGCGCUCCAAAUAUGACUACGUAGGCUCGGCGGAGGAAUGCGAUCACGUAAUGCCAUCUCGUUACAAGGAACAUCUCCUGAAACCUAGUCAGGCCUGCGUGAUACACUCCGAACUGGAUGUGGACCUGUUCAACGGAAGUAUUGUGCAGUCUUUCGACAGCCGUGCGUGCCGGUUCACGGUUGUUGGAAUAGGAAGCACGGCGAUGGACAAUCCCGCUCUCAGCCCUGUGCCCAAAAUUGGCAUCGUACAUCGUGUUGCGCACUAUCUGGACUGGAUCGAGCAGGUCGUCUGGGAUGAAUGGUUUCUAUCUGAACAAAACGACGACCGUUCUGAUUCAAAUUACGGACACUCCACGCGGUAAGGGAAACAUUUCACGCGAAAUGUUCCCAUUUUUUCUUCAUUACUUAGGGGAUGCACAGUAAUUCCUCUCCAUACAAAUGAUGGAUAUUGAAAUAUAUUUCUCAUAUUUUAAUAAAUUUGUUUUACUCUGA